AUGGAGCAUACCAGCACAUCCACAAAAGCGGCCGCGGAGGCUGCUGAAGAGGGCUUCCUCAACUGCACACACUAUCCCUUCCUAGAAGAUUUUGACCGUCACUACAAACCCAUUCACGCCUACCUCUCCCUCAGUAUCUGCCUCUUCGGCACCGCCACCAACCUCCUCAACGCCAUUGUUCUCACUCAACGGACCAUGCGCAGCCCUACGAACAUGCUCCUUACCAUUAUUGCGCUAGCCGACAGUAUAACGAUGAUCGGUUACUUACUCAAGGACGUCUACCUGCAUUUCAUGACCAGCCCACUACCUGACGGCGCUGACCACGGGCGGGCGGCCAUUUACUUCGUCAUCAUCAGCAACUUCGUCACCAUCGGUGGACAUAUUGUGGCCACCAUCGUGACUGUUAUGCUAAGUGCGUUCCGUUGUUGGAUCCUCUACAACCCGCGACGGCAGAUUACAUACCGCGAACCCGCAAUAACCGCCCUCUGUGCCAUCCUCGCUAGCAUCAUCCUCACUAUACCUGGCUUUUUCAGUUACAUUGUUGUGGCUAGACCUCACGGAGGCCGCGGUGACAGCAACAGCAGCGAUCAGAACUGGUGGUUCGAGGUGCGCAACGGCACAGAACACCUGGAGAGUGCUAAUUUUGCCAUAUACGGUUGUAUCAUCAAAUUGGCCGCCAGUUUCUUUAUUGCCCUCUUCACGGGCCUCAUUCUGGCCGCGAUGCAGAGGGCCCGGCGACGCUACCUAAACCUAAAACGUCUCAGCAGGAAGUCAAUCGCUCCGUCGGAGGUGCCUGUGGAGAAUAAAGGCAAGGAAGAGUCGCAGGUGGGAGGCGAUGGUGAGCAGGCUGAUCGGGAAGCGGCCGAUGGAGCGGAACGUCUGAUAUUACAGAAGGAUGCCGAGAGGAGACGCGAGGGCGUACAAAUGCGUAGCAACCAGCGGACAACCAUUAUGUUGGUUGCUGUAGUGAUUAGCUUUGUUAUCACAGAGGCUCCACAGGGUGUAAUUAACACAUUAGUCGCAAAGAUGGGUAAUUGUUUCCUAUACAGCGUGUACGUGCCCAUCGGAGACCUGUUGGACCUUUUGGUGCUCCUAAAUUCCUCAACCAACUUCAUCCUCUACUGUGCCAUGUCACAGCAGUUUCGGGCCAGUUUUCGACAUCUUAUGGAGAAGACCUGCGGAUGUGUCCUUCAACGGCUAAAACCUACAGGUGAGGAGAAUGAACUGCGACCCCUGAGGAGUACUGUAUUUCGAAACAAAUGGAGAGUGGUGAUGGGAAAGGACACGGGAAGUCCAGCGCGGUUGACUGAAGGCAAACUUUGA